AUGGCGAUUCAAAAGAAGCACGGAAAAGGUCGUCUCGACAAAUGGUACAAGCUCGCAAAGGAGAAGGGCUAUCGUGCGCGUGCCGCCUUCAAGUUGAUCCAGUUGAACAAAAAGUACAACUUCCUCGAGAAGAGCAAAGUCUUGAUUGAUCUUUGCGCCGCGCCCGGGUCAUGGUGUCAAGUCGCCUCAGAGGUUAUGCCCGCGCAUUCCCUCAUUGUCGGUGUCGAUCUCGCCCCAAUCAAGCCCAUCCCGCGAUGCAUCACUUUCCAGAGCGAUAUCACCACAGACAAGUGCCGAGCGACACUACGCCAGCACCUUAAGCAUCUCAAGUGCGACACAGUACUCCACGAUGGUGCGCCCAACGUCGGAACCGCGUGGGUGCAGGAUGCCUUUACGCAGGCCGAGCUUGUCUUACAAUCCAUGAAACUGGCUACAGAAUUCUUGGUCGAAGGAGGAACAUUUGUGACCAAGAUCUUCAGAUCAAAGGACUACAACUCACUUCUCUGGGUGUUCAAUCAACUAUUCACCAAGGUUGAAGCUACCAAGCCGCCCUCCUCUCGAAACGUUUCCGCUGAAAUCUUCGUCGUCUGCCGCGGUUACAAAGCCCCGAAGCAUCUCGACCCCAAGUUCCUCGACGCUCGCAGUGUCUUCGCCGAACUCUCAGACCCUACGCCGAACAACGAAGCCAAGGUCUUCAAGCCUGAAGUGAAGAAGAGGAAGCGUGAGGGUUAUGAGGAGGGAGACUGGACACAGUUCAAAGAAGCGCCUGUAUCUGAGUUCAUCCAGACAACUGACCCUAUCGCCAUGCUGGGUGGCCUGAACAAACUCAGCUUCGAACAAAAGCCCAACGGCGAUAUCGCUGUCGCAACCAUCGACAAGUUACCGGAAACAACAAAGGAGAUCAGAGACUGUUGUGCCGACCUGAAGGUACUAGGACGAGCUGACUUCAAGCGCCUCCUUCGCUGGCGACUAAGAGUACGCGAGGUCUUUGGUUUUGCGACCAAGAAGACAAAGGCCGAAGAGGAAAAGGCCAAAGAAGCCCAAGAAGGCGACGAGGUCGCCGAGAUUGAGUCGAUGGACGAGGAGAUGCAGAUCCAGGAGGAGCUGGAGCGAUUGAAAGAGAAGGACUCCAAGGCGAGGAAAAAGCAGCGCCGAGCUGAGAACGAGCGCAAGCAAAAAGAGAUUACUCGUUUACAGAUGAACAUGGCUACACCUUUCGAAAUUGGUUUGGAGCAGGCUGGACCAACAGGCGAGGAUUCCAUGUUCGCCCUGAAGGCUGUAGACAAGGCCGGCGCUAUCAACAAGAUUGCCAAGGGCAAGAUGGCUCAAGUCAUUGAACGCGAGCAGCCAGAAGAGAUCGAAGAGGAGCCUGAGACUGACGACGAAGAGGAUCGUCUCGAACGAGAGCUCGACUCCAUGUACGGCGAUUACGUCGAGCAAAGAUCAGCACGAGAUGCCAAGUACAGGGCGAAGCGCGCGAGGAAACAGGGCGACGACGGAGAGUGGAACGGAUUCUCUGACGAGGACAAGGAGCAAAGUGACGAUGAGGAGCUCGUACAGGAUGCUGACAGCGAUUGGAGCGAUGACGAGGAGGAAGGGCCCAAGGGACUGAUCACUGACCUUGACAACGAAGAGCAGCCCAAAACAGGUCUCACCAAACGUGCAGCACGGUUCUUUGACCAGGACAUCUUCAAGGGCAUUGAUGGGCUUGAGGAUCUUGAGGAAGACGACGACAGCGGCAUCGAUGUCGAACAUGAUACCGAAAUGAAGGAUGAAAGCGCCACACCCGCGCCUGCGACUGAGACAGAACUGAGCAUACGAACGAGUACCAAGACCCCUCAACCCAAGCCGGCCAUGGACGAUGAAUCCUCGGAUGACGAGGACAAGAUUGAAGAAGUCAAGCGCGAUGAAUCUCAAUGGGAGCAAGACAACGUGCCCAUGAAGAACGGCAAGCCAGACAUCGACAUCAUUACAGCUGAGGCCAUGACCCUCGCUCACCAGAUGGCCACAGGUCAGAAAACAAAGUACGAUCUCCUUGACGAAUCCUUCAACCGCUACUCCCUCCGCGACGUCGACGGCCUACCAGAUUGGUUCCUAGAUGAUGAGAACAAGCACUCCAAACUCCAACGGCCCACAACUGCUGCCGCAGCCUCUGCCAUCAAAGAGAAGCUCCGCGCACUGAACGCUCGACCCAUCAAGAAGGUCCGCGAAGCGCAAGCUCGCAAGAAGUUCAAGGCUGCUCAACGCAUGGAGAAGCUCAAGAAGAAGUCCGCAUUACUCGCGGACGAAGAGGGUAUGACAGAGAAGGAGAAGGCACAGAGUAUUGCACGGUUGAUGUCGAGAGCUGCGAAGAAGAAGCCCAAGCAGAAGGUCAGUGUUAUCGUAGCCAGGGGCGGUAACAAGGGUAUCAAGACCAGGCCGAAGGGUACAAAGGGUAAGUACAAGAUGGUCGACGCUCGAUUGAAGAAGGAUGUCAGGGGCGAAAAGCGGGCUGCCAAGAGGAACAAGAAGAGGUGA